GAAGCGCCAAACAUGACCCCGGAAGCGGCUCCUUGGGAUAAGAUGGCGGGCCGCUGGGAUGCUCCAGAGCUGCCGGAUUUCGACGUCUUGAAAAGAAUCGCCAGGGAUCAACUCAUUUACUUACUGGAGCAGUUACCAGGAAAGAAGGAUUUGUUUAUUGAAGCUGAUUUGAUGAGCCCUCUGGACCGCAUUGCAAAUGUCUCCAUCCUGAAGCAACAUGACGUAGAGAAAUUGUACAAAUUGGAGAAUAAAAUGGUUCAGGGAGUGAGUGAACAACUGUGUUUCCUGGUCCGACCCCGGAUAGCCAGUGUGAAGCAUGUUGCAGAAAUCGUCAAUGCAGACAAAGCUGGUGGCAGGCUGCGUAAAUACAAAAUCAUAUUCACUCCUCAAAAGUUCUUUAUGUGUGAGACUGUGCUUGAGGAAGAGGGAAUCUUCGGAGAUGUAACCUUUGAUGAGUGGACGUUUUACCUGUUGCCUUUGGAUGAUGACAUCAUCAGCAUGGAGUUGCCUGAGUUUUUCCGUGACUAUUUUUUGGAGGGUGACCACCGAUGGAUCUGUACGGUGGCAAAGGCUCUACAUGUGUUGUACUCCCUGUUUGGACCUUUCAUAAAGACUUACGGAAUUGGCAGAUGUGCAAAGAUGACCUACGAGCUGUGGAAGGAGAUGGUGGAGGAUUCAGAGAAUGAAAUUAAACCACGUCAGGCUGGGAUUGGUCGAGUUUUCUUUCUUGACAGAGAUGUGGAUUAUGUGACUCCUAUGUGUUCUCAAGUUGUGUAUGAAGGACUUGUGGAUGAUGUGUUCAGAAUAAAAUGUGGAAGUGUGGACUUUGGCUCAGAAGUAACUUCGUCGAAUAAAAGUGUCAAAGUGUUGCUGAACUCUCAGGAUAAGGUUUUCAAAGAGAUUCGAAAUGAGCAUUUCUCCAAUGUAUUCAGUUUCUUAAGUCAAAAAGCAAGAAGGCUUCAGACACAAUAUGAUAAACGCCAAGGGAUGGACAUUAAACAGAUGAAGGAUUUUGUAUCUCAGGAAUUAAAGAGCUUAAAGCAGGAGCAUCGACUACUAAGUCUUCAUAUUGGGGCAUGUGAGUCAAUUAUGAAGAAGAAAACUAAACAAGACUUUCAGGAGCUGCUGAAGUCUGAACAUGCACUAUUGGAGGGAUUUGAGAUCCGAGAGAGCACCAGUUGUGUGGAGGAGCACAUUAACCGGCAGAUUUCACCACUUGAGAGUCUUCGACUAAUGUGUCUCCUUUCACUGACAGAAAAUGGAUUGAUUUCUAAGGAUUACCGUUCAUUGAAAACUCAGUAUCUGCAGAGUUAUGGUUAUGACCACAUCCUUACGUUUGCCAACCUGAAACAAAUUGGACUGCUAACAGAACAACAGCCUGGAGAGACACUGACUGCAGUAGAGAGCACCAUGGGGAAGCUUGUGACAGACAAAGCAGUUGGGAAAUUGACCGAUGCCUUUUCAUCUCUGGCCAGGAAAAGCCAUUUCAGGGCUUUGAGCAAACGACUGAAUCUGAUCCCCCGCACUGAAGAAGAGUAUGAUUUGAAGGUGCCGCGGGACAUGGCCUAUGUAUUCAGUGGUGCAUACAUUCCAUUAAGCUGUAAGAUUAUAGAACAGGUACUAGAGCGUGGCAGCUGGGCAGGAAUGGAGGAGGUGUCACGGUUACUAAACAACAAUGAGUUUAUUACUAUAGAAAGGUCCUUGGAUGCAGGGUAUUCUUGCAGUGCGCAACGUAUUAUUCUUGUGGUGUUUCUUGGAGGCUGCACGUUUUCAGAAAUUGCAGCGCUAAGGUUCCUGGGCAAAGAGAAAGGAUACAAGUUUGUUUUUGUUACCACAGCGAUCACAAACAGUUUUCGGAUGCUGGAAUCGCUGUUAGAAUCGUAAAAAUGAAGCAGUAUCAUCAAUAUCAGAGCCACAGAGAGAUGGAGCAAAAUUAAAUCGAGCAGAAAAGCCAAAAGAAGAACUUGCGUCGACCUUGCUGUAAAUUAACUAUCUGGAGUCUAAUGGUGAUAAGCAAGGAGUCACCAACAUCUAAUGAAAAUAUGGGCACAUUCUGAGAUUUAAACCUUUGCAUGUGGCCAAGGUUUUUUGAGGUACUGAGCCUAUAAAAAUGGCUGUACGCAAAAAAGGAACUGCGUCUAUCAAAAUCCAUCUCAUGACUGCUUAGGCAGAGGAACUUGAUUGUGGGGAUAACUUUCAUUUGGGGAGGGACAGAAUGAAUUCUAGCUUAAGAGGCAAAUGUAAAGAAUAUACAACACAUUUGCCUCAGCAAGAGCUGAAUUCACGUUGUAUUGAACCCGUUUUCAGAAGAAAGUUUUUUGAGUUUGUAGAUUAGAGAGGAAGAACUUAGUUUUAUGCAGCACUUUUCGUGUACCUGAAGCACUAUUUUUUUCAGGUGAUUACCUACUUUCAAACAUUAUCACUUGCUGCUUAGGCAGAUGUGGCAAUUAGUUUGUUGUGUAGCAAGCUCCCACAAAAAGUAAUGAGAUCAUGACAAAAUCAUCUGGCCUGAUAUUGGGAAUUCAACAUUAGAUUCACUUGUCCCCAUGUCUAGUUCCUCAGAUGGCCAAAAGUGUAAGAGGAUGUUCAUUGGACUUUCAUUCAGACACCACCAGUUUGAGUAGAAUGUACUCGGAGAACCAGAAUUAUUCUGAAGGAAUUGUUAAAUAUUAAAAUAGAAGAGUGAGGGUCUCAAGAGAAACAGAAGCUAGAUUAAUAAAAGUGGAAAUGUCCAACCGAUGCAUCUGAAGAACAAAAAAGUAGGCUAAUAUUUUGCACUGAAUGUGUGACAAAGGAUCUCAAAUGAAACAUUCAGCCUUUUCUUUUGAAAUUGGAUAUGAGGUUUGAAAUGUCAUAAUUGUGAAGAAAUGUUAUUGUUUCUGCACAGAAGGAAAGCUGUGGUUUUGUGAAUUGUGGAGAGUUAGUUUUAAUGUAGUUUUAUUAUAUGCCAAAGAUUCCUGAUCUGUCGGGCUGGAAGUAUUCUGCCCUGUAAAUACCAGUGAUUUGUGUUUGGUAUUUGAGGGAAUGCAACUGAAGUAUAUUUUAGAUCCUGAACUUUAUUCUCUACUGAUUCAAAAGCACUAAUUCCUGUGUUCUGACUUGUUCCUUGAUCUGUUGAUGUGGGGGUCUCUUACACGUAACAUCAAGUAUGAGCAUUUGAGGGGUGUAAAUGAAAAGAAUUACAGCAAAACCUAAUAAACGCCUGUCUGCACUGACAUAUUUUACAGUAGGAUUAAUGAGACACGUAUCAGCAGCAGACAGUCUGACUUUUUCUUUUCCUUUCCUGUGUCCUAGGGUGUUUGACAUCAAUGAGAAUCCCCUCAGGUAAUGUUCUGACUGUAAUCAGAUUACUCAAUCUGAACAUGGAAGCUGGCUGAUUGUGUUGCAGAAAACCACAAAGGGAGAGGUUACUUGUUCCAUCUCACUGGUACUCUUCAAUUGAAGCAUUUCCCUUUAGUUUAAUUUUCCUGCCCCUUCCUUGUACAGUGUAUAUUUUUAUGUUCCUCCAUUUACAAGUUUUAUGCAAUUUAAUUGUAACGUGGUAUAAUGUUGCUACUUUAGUAGUUAAUGUCAGAAAGCCUUUUUGAUUUGGACUGUUGCAGUUCAUGGUAAGAUCUUUAAGUAAUGCUAACAUUUGUUACUAGUAAUAUAUGAAAGCUUUGGUUAUUGAGGAUGUGAAAUCUCACCUGUACCGUUAGCCUUAGAAUUGUGAAGCUGUGUUGUGCAUUGAACUGUGUUUGUCUA